AAACCAAAAAAAAAAGAAGAAACUCAAAAACCCAAACAAAGUUUUAUGUCCGGCCAAAAUCGAAAAUGGAAAAUGGGAUCUUCACUCUGGAAUACUUUUGUCGGUUGUGCGCCUCGGAGGGAGUGAUCAUACAUCCGCUGUUUCCGCCCGGCGACGACGAUCCGAAGCAUGAGCUAGUGCGUAUGAUCGAGGUCCUUACCUCGGUUCCGCUCCAGCGUCCAGCCGACAGUGGGGCCGUCAUCUGCGACAAAUGCCUGCAGCUGCUCGAUCUGUUCUGCCAGUUCCGGGAGGAGUGCCUUCGUCAGGAUGUGCUGAUCCGAACGAAACGGACGCUGAUCGGGGAAGAGCUGGUGCGACAACGUUUUCAGCAACAGCAGCCACAGUUACUCUGUGAUCCAGCACCGGACUCUCAACCGCCACCUCUGGUGGAGGUGAAGCUGGAAGAGGAUGAUGAGACUGAUACACCUACUGCUUGCCAGCUCACGUCGCAAGACGUGAGCGAGCAAGCAGAAACAGAUACGACCAGCAUUCCCCAAGUGAUAGAGAUAGCAGACUGUAAGGAAGAAUGUAGCGCACUGGAGAAUGCUUCGGAGGAGGAACAACCAGUACUGGAUGGAGAUGAAUGCGAGCACCAGAACGAUGAUCUGGCUCCCGUUGCACCCGCUAUUGCUAGCUACCUCGAACCGACCAACUUCACCAGCCCAGCCAUUGCGCUGUUCUCGCAGGCUCAUGGACUCUCCAUCUCCGUGCAAGUUAACCAAAUGUCGCUGGACGAAACGACGGUACACGAGAUGACGAAUGGCGUACCCUCGUUCGGUUUCACGUCGGAUGUUGGGAAAAGAAAAAGUAAGAAGGGCACAAAAGAGAAUCCCGGUAAAGAGGGACACAACAGAGCGUACGAGCCAUCCAACGAUCGGUGCCAGGAAGCGUUCGACACGGUGUGCGAAUACGACGAACAAUCGUCUGCACCCGAUAGAGGUGGAUCUACGCGUUGCUCGUUGGCCUGCGAUCCGUGCCAGAUGCGGUUCACCAAAUCCUACAACCUCAAGCGCCACAUGUACGAGGUGCACGGUGAGCUGGCUCCCGGUUUAACGGUGAUCGAGUGUGAGUACUGCGGAGAACGGUUCCUGCGGGGCUACACGCUCAAUCGUCACAUUUCCAAGAUGCACAGUGCGCGGUACAAGAAUAAAAAGAAGCUAAAAAUACUCGCCAUUAAAACCAAAGCGUAAAUCCUCCUGUUAAGGGACAGGAACAGGAACCCGAUCGAUCGAUGAACUUGUCCGCCAGUCGGAACAGAACGUUAGCCUCGACCUCGGGGUGGCCCACCGAAAGGGCGCAACUACUGUUGAAGGUAGUUCCUAAUUAACUCAGUAAUGAUACGAGCGUAUACUUCUCAUAAUUUACAUUAACCUUAAGCGGAACAACCGGAACCGUCACUAGUCAGGUAGCUGAGUAAGAGUUUUCAAAGUAGUAUUAUUGUAUUACCAAAGCAAAAGAAUGACGGAUGAUCUCAAAAUAUAUA